AUGAAGCUUCUUGUUUCCUUUGUUUUCCUCUUUUCCAUUGCUGUUUUAAGCUCAUUGACAGAAUCAGCUUCGUCGUAUUUCAAUGUUCUUGAUUAUGGAGCAAAUGGAAAUGGCAAAAAAGAUGAUUCAGAAGCUUUUUUGAAAGCAUGGAAUGAUGUAUGUGCAUCAACAGAAGACAACCCAACGUUACGUGUACCAUCUGGAAAAACUUUCCUAUUGAACCCUCUCAAAUUCCAGGGUCCUUGCAAGUCCAAACGAAUCAAUUUUGAUCUUGGUGGAAGUGUAAUGGCUCCAACCAAGGAUGAAUGGUCCGGAGAUGGUGUUGAUAAAUGGAUCCAAUUUUACGACAUAGAUUCUCUCACCGUUAAAGGAGAUGGACGGUUUGAUGGCCAAGGUUCUUCUUGGUGGGACAAAGAUUGUCAUAAACAUUGCAAACGGCCAACGGCAAUAUUUUUCCACAACUGCAACGGUCUUCAUCUAAGUAAAACGAAGCAUGUUAAUAGUGGCAAAAAUCAUAUGUCCAUAAAUUGUUGCAAUGAUGUAAUUAUUUCAGAUAUUCAUAUUACUGCUCCUGAUGAGAGUCCUAAUACGGAUGGAAUUGAUAUUUCUGGAUCAAAAAAUGUUCGUAUUCAAGAUUCUUUUAUAGGCACAGGUGAUGAUUGUGUUGCAAUUAAUGAUGGAUCUUCAAAUAUCGAUAUAACAGGUCUCACUUGUGGCCCCGGUCACGGCAUAAGCAUUGGGAGCUUAGGAAAAAACGGUGAUUAUAAUGUUGUUGAAAAUGUCUAUGUAAGUGAUUGUAUCUUACAAGAUACUCAAAACGGAGUUAGAAUCAAGACUUGGGAGGGUGGAUAUGGAUAUGCAAAAAAUAUCACAUUCGAGAAAAUAACACUCGAAAAUGUAAAAAACCCAAUCAUUAUCGAUCAACAUUACACAGGAAGGGAAAUAAAAGUGAGCGAUGUGACAUAUCGUAACGUUCAUGGAACAUCAGCAAAUGAAAAGGCAAUUACAUUGGACUGUUCUCGAGCUCGUUGCACAAAUAUUAUUAUGGAAGAAGUGAACAUUACGACAUCAACUUCUGACGAAGAAGCCAAAUCUUUUUGCCAAAAUGCUGAUGGAAAAUCCACAUCUACAGUUCCACCGGUGCCUUGUUUAUCAAAAUCUCAUUAA